UCGCAGAUCCCACAUCGAAAAAUAUUAAAUACCCACCACUCCACGUUUCCAAUGCACUCACUCUUCAGCUUCUUCUCUUCUCUUCUACAAAUCAUAGUAGAAUUCUCUCAUAAGUAGUUAUUAUUUUUUCCACCACGCACGCGCCGCCAUGUACACACACAGCAACGCCUCCCUCCCACGCUCCGCCGAAUCCCUCUCCCAUUUUCUCUCUCCGCAGGACGCAUCCACGCUGUCGCCAAUGCAGUACGCCGCUGCUCCUCAGCCGCAGCACCACCAAGUUGCCCUGGGCGAGUUUGAUUCAGAGGCGAGUUCGAAUAACACGUACAACAGCUGCAGCAGCGGGUGCACCAGCUACAUGGGGUCGCCGAGUUCGCUGGCGAGUUACGAGAGUCGGCGAGUGCAAAGGAGCGUAAGCAGCCACUCGCUGCAGAAGAACAGUGGUGGGCCCCACCACCCCUUUUCUCCUCUCUUCGCUCAGUUGCUUGACUCCCACAACGGUCCCGUACGGAGAGCUUGCAGUACCGGUGACCUUCAGAGAUUUCAUGGAAUGCAAUAUUAUCAUCAUUCAGAUAGUCCAUUGUCGAGUGAAAGUAGCUUGAUCAUAGAAGAAAUGAGCAGAACCAGUCCUUAUAGCCCAGAGGAGAAGAAAGUGAGGAUUGAGAGAUAUAGGAGCAAGAGAAACCAGAGGAACUUCGGCAAGAAAAUUAAGUAUGCAUGCAGGAAGACAUUGGCAGAUAGCAGGCCAAGAAUCAGAGGGCGAUUUGCAAAGAAUGAGGAAAUUGCAAUGAACCCUCCGGUUCAGUGGAGCCAUAUGGGUACCGGAGAGGAAGAGGACGAGGAAGAAGAGAAUUGGGCCAAUUUCUUUGAUUCCAUAGUUCCUGCAAAUCUUGGUCAGGAACCUCAUGGCAGUAGUUCCUCCUUUGGCGCUUUCUAUUAAAAUAAUUACAUGCUUAAAUCAGCAUGGCUAGAUGACUAAUUUGUAUGCUUUGAAUGUUUUGGGUAAUGUAAAUAUAUGGUACUUACUUAUUUGAAUCAUGGAUGUGACCAUGUGUAGUUUUAGACUUCAAUCUGGGGUGAAGUUUUAGUGCCCUUUAUGUUUUUCUAGACUAGGCCUAAGUAGCAGCAGCAGCAUUGUGUUGUUUGGUUAAAAACUUUUACAAAUUGUACUUGGGGUUUACUG